AUCUUGAGUUCACAGUUCAACGUGGUAACAUGCGUGUUUCGGUGUCGAAGUAUUGACUGGGAAGUGUGUGUGGUCAGUUUUAAAGUGAAAAUGCUUUUAAUUUAGUCGUUACUUUUGCGUUUUUAUUUGUCUUAGUGUGUCGAACAUGUCAGUGAACGCAUCAAAGCACGAGCUGACGCAGCUGAUCUACCGCCAUUUGAAAGAGCAUGGUUUCCACUCAGCUGCAGAUGAGCUACAGAGGCACAGCCCACAGGAGGAGGAAAACGCAUCUUCCUCAUUAUUGGACAUCUACAAUUCAUGGUUAAAUGACUCAAAAAAGAAAAACAAGCGGACCCCGGCCAAGCGCUCCAAUGCUAAAGAACAAGGAAAGAGUCCAGCUAAGGCCACUGCAAAAAAAAAGAAAGACAAGCCUGCAAACAAAGCAGAAACACAGAAAAAGAAGUCUGCGCCAGCGAAAAGGAAAAAAGGUGAAGGUAAAUCUGAAGAAAAUGUCAUCAAGGCUAAAAAGUCAAAGAUCCAAACAAAUGACAAGACUGUGGCUGCUGGAGGAGAUGAUUCAGACUCUGACAGCAGUCUGGACGUAGAUAAAUGGAAGAAACUGGUCCUGCAGAUGACAGAGGCUGAUGUAGCCAAGAUGGACACCAUCAAUGCUCUGGACUUGUCUGCACCCCCACCUGUGAAAAAGAGAGUGAGGAAACCCAGGGCCAAGCCUCCUCCAAAAACCAGCGCUCCCGUUCAAGAGAGUAACGGGACACCUGGAAAUAAUGAAAAGGUGGAGGAGACAGCCCUGAGAGAAACACAGACAAAGAUUAGUACGCCCAAGAAGAGCAGGUCAAAAAAGACUGUGACCUCCACUGCCCCCCCGAGCCAAAACACCAACGCUGUAGAGGACACGCCAGCAACAUCCACCCUGUCCCCGUCAACACAGACACCUAAGAAGGAAGGAAAGAAAGAUGUGACUCCCACUGAAGAAAAAACUGAUGAGACAAUGUCUGAGCCCAAGAAGAAGAAGAAAAAGAAGGAGAUGACUGAUAACAAGGUGGAAGAGAUUACAAAUGACACUGGUGGAGAUAAAAAAGACAAAGACACUGAAAUGAAGACUGAAGUCCCAGAGCAAGAUUUUGCUGAUAAAUCUGUAGAGAAGAAGAAGAAGAAAAAGGAAAAGGGAAACAAGGGAGAAGGCAAAAUAAAUAACACAGAAGAAGAAAUAAUAAAGGAGAACAAAACUGUGGAUGUUGAUAAUGAGGACGUUUCAGAGCCAGUAGUGCAAGUAAAGAAAUCCAAGAAGAAGAAAAAGGAGAAAACUGAUCAGGAAAAUUCAGCAGGUAGUGAGGAAAAGCAAAUAGUAGAAGACGUAGAACAUUCAGAACAAAUCACUGAAGAGAAGAAAGAAAAGAAGAAGAGGAAGGAGAUUGCUAACGAAGAAGAAAAUUCAGAGCAGAUAGUUAAAGAAAAGAAGGCAAAGAAGAAGAAAAAGGAGAAAUCUGAAGAAGAAAAUUCGGAGGAUAUAGUUGAAGAAAAGAAAAAGAAAAAAAAGCACAAAUCUGAUGAUGGUGAACCGUCUGAGCAGAUAGUUGAAGAAAAUGAGACGACGGGGAAAUCAAAAAGCAGCGACACAGAUGAAAAGACGGAGCAGAUUACUGAAGUGAAGAAGAAAAAGAAAAAGAAAUCAUCAUUGGAAAAUAAUGACACAGAGCCACUACCUCCACCUGACCCCGAUACACCAAGUCCUCCAUCAGAGAAGAAGAAAAAGAAAAGCAAGUUGAAAACAGCUGAGCUCCCAGAAACUCCUGCAGUCUUUGUUGAAGAUGCUGCAGAAACACAAACCCUCCAAAUACCUGCCACUGACACCCCACACAAAAAGAAAAAGAAAUCUUCCAAGAGCACAGAGUCAUGAAGAAGUUUGAGUCUUCGUUUCUGCAGACUAAAGGAUGAAGGCGAAACGUCCUGUCCAUCUUCUUUAUAAUUAUAUUUUAAUGGAGGGAUCACAAGAGAGAAUUAUUUUCCUUUUUUUUUUUAAUUUUUUUUUACUCUUGUUUGUUUUAUGUGUCACACAGUGUGGCAUACUAUGCUACAGUGGUUCAUGUUUACUUCAUGUUUCAUCUGAUAUUGCCAUUUUAAUGGCAUGAAUAUGUAAAAGAGAUUUAUAACUGAUUGUUUCAUGUAAUGGAUGAUCCCUGCCUUGAUAUUUCUUUGAUUGAAAUGCAUCGAUUUAAAAGGAAACUGUUUCUCCGAA